AUGGAGGUACCUAUAUCUAUCUAUCUAUCUAUCUAUCUAUCUAUCUAUGUCUGUCGGUCUCUAUCUAUCUAUCUAUCUGAUAAUGCGGAGAAAACCGUAAAUUCGGUUGAAGCUUUUGACAGUUGCCUUUUUCAAAUCAUGGGUUGCAUUCUUGGAGGAUUGGGGACCAGCUUGGCCUGCUGUUGUGGCAGUGCUGCCUGUUCCCUAUGCUGCUCAGCCUGUCCUUCAUGCAAAUCUUCUACAGCCAGCCGUAUUGGCUAUGCUCUGAUGCUGGUCUUCAGUACUAUUGUAGCCAGCAUUAUGCUUAUACCAGACCUACGCACCAAACUGGACCAGAUACCAGGGUUGUGUAAAAAUUUCUUUGGUGAAGAAGUUAUACACAAUGUACACAAUCGCACUGCAUUCUGUGACGAUGUCGUUGGCUACUUGGCUGUCUACCGAGUUUGUUUUGCCACAACUGCGUUCUUUUUAAUCUUCUCUCUCAUAAUGAUUAAUGUGAAAUCCUCGAGGGAUCCGAGAUCUGGAAUCCAAAAUGGUUUCUGGUUCUUCAAAUUUCUCUUUUUGAUUGCCCUGGGUGUUGGUGCUUUCUUCAUUCCUCGUGGUACCUUUGGACAAGCUUGGAUGGGUAUCGGCAUGGCUGGCGGCUUGCUCUUUAUUCUUAUCCAAUUGAUUCUUCUGGUUGACUUUGCCCAUGGUUGGAGCGAGAGUUGGGUCGAGAGGUAUGAGGAAACUGAAUCCAAAUGUUAUUACUUUGGUUUACUGUUUUUCUCUGGCUUUUUUUACCUUAUUUCACUCACGGCUAUUGUACUCUUCUACAUUUUUUAUGCUGGGGACCCAGGAUGUACAUUGCAUAAAUUCUUCAUCAGUUUCAACCUCAUCCUCUGUGUCAUUGUUUCCAUUAUUUCUGUGCUUCCCAGGGUUCAGGAAGCCCAACCAAGAUCUGGACUUUUGCAAGCUUCAGUCAUCACCAUCUAUACGAUGUACCUGACUUGGUCUGCUAUGACCAACAAUCCAGACUGCCGUUGUAAUCCAAGGAAGGAUUGUGCUAAUGCCAAUGGUGACUUUGCCAAACUUGGACCAUUUGAUUGGCAAAGCAUUGUUGCUUUGGUUAUUUGGUUCUGUGCUGUUCUUUAUUCUAGCAUCCGGACAUCCAGCAACAGCCAGGUAGGCAAGAUUACUAUGUCUGAGCGGACCAUACUGCAGGCUGAUACAGGAUCCACCAAGUCUGAUGACUUGGAGCCAGGGAAAAGUGGACAGAAUGUUUGGGAUAAUGAGGAAGAAGAAGCUGCCUACAGCUAUUCUUUCUUUCACUUCAUGUUCUGCCUUGCCGCUCUCUAUGUGAUGAUGACCCUCACAAAUUGGUUCAGACCAAGUUCUGACCUGAAGACUCUCAACUCUAACACAGCCUCCAUGUGGGUGAAAAUCAUUUCCAGUUGGCUGGCUCUUGCCCUCUAUGUAUGGACACUAGUUGCACCCAUUGUACUCAACAACAGAGACUUCAGUUAA